AUGAGCGAGAAUCUGCACACCAUCAUUCAUCAUGUCGACUUUUUUCCUUUGCGAGUAAGUGGGGGGCCCCUUUUCAAAUGUUUGGCCUUUGCCGAACAACUGCGUUUUCAAAGUUAUUUGACCUUGCCGAAUGUGGCUGUUUUCAUCGCAAAAAGUGAGUUCUGAAGAGCAGAAAUGUUAUUUAUAAAAUCAAACAAUUGACAUACAUUUUGUUCUCAGAUCCGAGUUUUCCGAAACGGAGACAUGUUUGACCAGGGACGUAUUCUGGUGGUCACCCGGAAGCAGUUUAAGCAUUGGAUAGUCUUCCUAGACGCCCUCACUGCACUCCUCAGAACUGCGACCGCGGUCAGGAGACUUUUCACCAUACAAGGGAUACCAAUUCAUCACGUGAGCCAUUUACUCCUCGUUUUUCUGUAUUUUCUGUUCUUUCAGUUUGACGAAUUGGAGACGAAUGGGGAGUACGUGGCAGUGGAGAGUGGUCCGUACAUCAGUGUGCCCUAUGGUCAAACUAGAUUCACUUUGCGCGGCAAAGUCAGAUUCCUGAACACAAGUUUCAUUCCUUUCCAUAUUCGCACUUUUUCAGCGUUACAAUCCGAUAAUUCGAGUUUCCCAAAUCGUUCCGACAUUUCUCAAUUCGGCGGAAAGCAUGGAUAUCUAUUUGAAGAAGGAGGGAUACGGAACAAUCACAGGUAGGGAGGGGGCACUUGUCCUCUGUGGGAGCAACUAUCGGAAACUGCUAUACGUCCGGUCGUUGUUCGCGAACAAUUUGAGACAUAAUUCAGGUCUGCCCUAUCCAUUCGACGGAAUUCUAACGAGGAGUCCGAGUGCAUCGAACAUCCAAAUAAAGCAUCUUCAGUCGCAUAUUCCUCCUCUAAAAGUAAGUUGGCCCACUUCUCCGACUGUCUCAAUUAAGUUCUCGUAGAUUGGAGGAAGCAUGGAACAUCUGAAUGAACUGGGAACUGCCAGUUGGUUGGGUAAGAAUGAGAAGUGGAUGAUGGGCGAAAGAGUGAAGGUCGAGCCGAAAGGGACUGAUAAAGAAGAGGUGCUAAGUUCGGAGAUGAAGGAAACGGAAGGAAGCACGGCUUCUGAGAAGCAGAAGAGCACGACGAAGCUCCCGAGACUUCUCAACUCAAACCGUUCUUUCAAAAGAGGUAACCGUAUCAAUUCCAGCUAUUCUUUAAUAUUUUUCAUUCGCCUUCAGAGACGCCGGCUCAUAAAUCGACUGCUGUGUCGGAGGAAGUGAGGAAUAUUUGUGAGAACCUUCCGCCGAUCGACCUGAAAGGAAUCACUUCAAACGAACAAAACGAGGUGAAGCAGAAGAACGACAGCGAUACGAUUUCAAUAAAAACCGAGGAAGAAGUGAUUUCGAUUCUGAAACCCGAGAAGGCGACGACGGAGUCAAUUGUUUCGUCAAAGGUUUCCAGAAAUAUGGCUCCGGCCGACGAUGAAGUACGGUAUCAUCGAUCGUAUCAAGUGACCGAAACCACGUUCCGGACGAGUGGGAAAGGGGCCGAAGAGCCGGAAAAGGAAACAGAAAAAGCGAGUGAAAAGGAGAUAACGGAGAUGGGGCAAGGAAAGAAAUCAGAGAAAAAGGAGCGAGCCAAGUGGACGGAUGGUGCUCUCAGAAGAGAUAAAUCGGUGGAGACGAAGAAGAACGGGGCGGCGGAGCAGAAGAAAAAGAAGGAAGAUAUCGGAAAGAUUGAAGAGAAAUCAACUAGGAAAGCGGAAGAAGUUGUGGAGCAAAAGGAUCGGAGGAAGGAGGCGACGAAGGGAGAACUAAGACAGCUCGACGUGGAUAUAAAUGACAUUCCAAUACGCUCAGACGUCACGAAUCCAAUCGGAAACACUUCAAAAAUAGGUAAGGACUCGGAAUGAAUCUGCCGGAGUUUCUCUGCUUUCUUUCAGUGACAAGCCGUUCGAGUAUGCACUUGUUUGUCGACGAAUUCGUUGCGGAGGAUGAGCUAGAUGACGUCAUCGGAAGAGCCGCCCUUUGGGAUCAGAACAGAAGGCGUCAGAAGAUGCGUCAGCAGUGUACUCAGACCAGCGGAUCGCUCCGUUCAGUUUCGGCUCCUCGACGUAGAGUUCAAUUAUUCGAUCCUGAUUUCGAUUAA